UCCCAAAAAGAAAGCCCGAGAGAGAAAGAGUCAUAGAGCUCAAGUGAGAUUUGUCGUUUAUUUUCUUCCCUUUAUCUUGGUUAUGUCUAGUCAUCCGGUGUCAAAGGCUCUAUGCAUCUCUCCUCUCUUCUCCCUCCUUCUAUGCCCAGUGAAUACCUUGGAAACCAAAGGCUCUCAACAUGUAAUUAAGCCACUGAUCAGCUCUGCCCACGAGCCGAAGCCCAUUUGAAAGGAAAAGAAGUCGGAAAAGAGCAACAGAGGUAGAGAUACACAGAAAGAGAAGGUGAGGGGUAUUAGAAUUAGGGUUUGGUGGACAGAAAUAUGCCUGCAGGUAUCAUGAUUCCGGCAAGAAACGUGCCGUCGAUGAUCGGAAGGAAUACCGGUGCUGGCUAUGGGUCCUCAUCAGCACUGUCCCUUGGCCAGCCAAACAUUUUGGAGGGGCAGCAACUGCCACUCCAACACCAGCAUCAGCUUGUGGAGAUCCCGCAGGCAACCACGGCGGAGAGCGAGAUGAUGAGGGCUCGGGAGGAGGACUUCGAGAGCAAGUCGGGAAGUGAGAAUAUAGAGGGGGCAUCCGGUGAUGACCAGGAUGCCAACCAGCGGCCGCGAAAGAAGCGUUACCAUCGCCAUACCCAACAUCAGAUCCAAGAGAUGGAAGCUUUCUUCAAGGAAUGCCCCCACCCUGAUGACAAGCAGCGAAAGGAGCUGAGCCGUGAGCUUGGAUUAGAGCCCCUCCAAAUCAAGUUCUGGUUCCAAAACAAGCGCACCCAAAUGAAGACUCAACAUGAGCGACAGGAGAACGCUCAUCUAAGGGCCGAGAAUGAGAAGCUCCGGACUGAGAACUUGAGGUACAAGGAAGCCCUCAGCAAUGCCUCAUGCCCCAACUGUGGUGGCCCCGCUGCUCUUGGAGAGAUGUCCUUCGACGAACACCAUCUGAGAAUCGAGAAUGCUCGGUUAAGGGAGGAGAUCGAUCGCAUAUCUGGAAUCGCUGCAAAGUACGUCGGGAAGCCAGUGGUCUCAUACCCGCUACUCUCUCCUCCAAUAGCUUCACGCUCGCCGCUGGAUCUUGGGGUGACCGGGGGCUUUGGAGUCCAACCAGGCAUUGGAAGUGAAACAUUUGGUGCUGGGGAGCUACUUAGGAGUGUUUCAUGCCAGCCUGAGUUCGAGAAGCCAAUGGUUAUAGAGCUCGCGGUGGCUGCAAUGGAGGAGCUCAUUCGAAUGGCACAGCUUGGUGAGCCACUUUGGACCCCGGGCCUCGAUAACUCUACUGAGACCCUAAAUGAAGAGGAAUAUGUUAGGACGUUUCCGAGAGGGAUUGGUCCGAAACCAUUUGGGUUCAAGUCAGAGGCCUCUCGGGAGACUGCGGUGGUCAUUAUGAAUCACAUCAAUCUUGUUGAGAUACUUAUGGAUGUGAAUCAAUGGUCCACGGUGUUUUCUAGCAUUGUGUCGAGAGCUAUGACUUUUGAAGUGCUGUCAACUGGAGUUGCAGGAAACUAUAAUGGAGCACUGCAAGUGAUGUCAGCGGAAUUCCAAGUACCGUCUCCACUGGUUCCAACUCGUGAGAGUUUAUUUGUGAGGUAUUGCAAGCAACAUGCUGAUGGAACCUGGGCAGUAGUUGAUGUUUCCUUGGACAGCUUGCGCCCCAGCCCUCUAUUGAGAUGUCGAAGAAGGCCAUCAGGCUGCUUGAUUCAAGAAAUGCCAAAUGGUUACUCAAAGGUGAUUUGGGUUGAACAUGUUGAAGUAGAUGAUAGGUCUGUUCACAAUAUAUACAAGCCUUUGGUUAACUCAGGCCUAGCAUUUGGUGCGAAACGGUGGGUCAGUACUCUGGAUCGACAAUGUGAGCGCCUAGCAAGUGUAAUGGCUAGUAGCAUCCCCUCUGGGGACAUUGGUGUAAUAACUACUCCAGACGGGAGGAAGAGCAUGCUGAAGCUAGCUGAGAGGAUGGUUAUGAGCUUUUGUGGUGGUGUGACUGCCUCAACUACACAUCAGUGGACUACUUUAUCUGGUAGUGGGGCAGAGGAUGUAAGGGUUAUGACCAGAAAGAGCGUUGAUGAUCCUGGCAGGCCACCUGGUAUCGUCCUCAAUGCCGCCACUUCCUUCUGGCUUCCUGUUCCACCGAAGAGGGUCUUCGAUUUCCUCCGCGAUGAGAGCUCUCGUAGUGAGUGGGAUAUCCUCUCUAAUGGUGGUGUAGUUCAGGAAAUGGCUCACAUCGCCAAUGGCCGAGAUCAUGGCAACUGCGUCUCCCUCCUCCGUGUCAAUAGCGCAAACUCAAACCAGAGUAACAUGCUGAUACUACAAGAGAGCUGCACCGACCCGACGGGCUCCUAUGUGAUCUAUGCACCAGUAGAUUUUGUUGCAAUGAAUGUGGUUCUAAAUGGUGGUGACCCCAACUAUGUUGCACUUCUGCCAUCAGGCUUUGCCAUCCUCCCUGAUGGUCCUACUGGGAGUAUAGGAGAGGUCGGUUCUGGUGGAUCUCUCCUGACCGUUGCGUUCCAAAUCCUGGUUGACUCAGUCCCAACUGCCAAACUCUCGCUUGGUUCAGUAGCAACCGUCAACAGCCUCAUUGCAUGUACUGUUGAAAGAAUCAAGGCUGCAGUCUCGGGUGAAAAUGCCCAGCAAGCCUAAAGACUAUUAUAUAAAGGAGAAGGAGAGGAGUAUGGAGCUUUAUUUGUGGCAAGUCAAGAGCGCACCUCAGAUUCUCCUUGCCAUGUGGUGCUGGUUGUUCUGUUUGUUGUUCAAUUCAAUUACAAGCACUAUCCCACCACCACUAUGCAAGGGGGGUUGGUUCGGGUAUUGACUUCCCUUUGGUUGAUCACUAGUACCUCUCUCAGUUUUGCAGCACCUUAAGUUUUCUUUGUAAUGCUCUCAUUUCAAGUGUUUUCCCCCUCCAUUUGUGAACAAACAUGAUGCACUUCGUGCCUCUCUGUAACUUUCUUCAGUCAAUUUCAUCCCUCUUUAUUGUGUUGGUGGUCUGCAGGAGAGCUGCACCUAAUCCACCAAGUGACCUUGCUUCCUUUUCUAUUAUAAAAGUUUCUGUAGACCAUGUUGGUAUGAUA